UUCUCUGCUUAGCGGGGAGACGGUGCCACCUGCCCGGGACAGGGCUCCAGGGGACCCCAGCGACCCCCCCACACCCCCGCUUUGUGGGGUUCGGGCCUGCGAAGACGCCGCAUCGCCUCUGGAUUGUGCUACCUUGGGGGGGGGGCUGCUGCUGUUGGAUUAUUUCGGGGUGUCGGUGUUUGAAGUUACCCCACUAGCUGCGAAGGGGCUUUGGACCCCCCCCUUCCCCGCGGAUGCGGCUUUGAGGGGAGAAGACGCGUGGAGCAGGAGUCUCGGAAGCCGGGAGUCUCCCCGCUCUCCCCAGCGCAGCUUCCACCGCCGGAGCCCAGCGGCAGGGAGCUGGAGGGGGGCUGCUGAGCCGCGGCCCGCGGAGCUCGUGUCCCCGCGCACCCCGGGGGCGAUGCUGCUUUGCCGGUGAAGGAGGAAAAGGGGGAACCGCCGGGCCCCGCUGCCCUGCCGGCGCGGAGCGGCUCGCACCCAGCGCCUGCCGGACUCCGCCGCUCGCAAACGGGACUUUGCAGCCACUUCGCUUCUAAUCUAACCGGCUCCCCCUGCCCCGGGGUCGCAGCCUCCCCUGCUCCAGCCUUGGCUUCCAGGCGCCCCCAGCGUGGCCACAGGCUUCCCCCUGUGCCCAGGGAGAUGUAUCAGGGCUUCCCCGGAGACUACGACUCCACCUCCCGGUGCAGCUCGUCCCCUUCGGCCGAGUCCCAGUACCUGUCCUCGGUGGAUUCUUUCGGGAGCCCCACGGGCGCCGCCGCCUCGCAGGAGUGCAGUGGCCUCGGGGAGAUGCCCGGCUCCUUCGUGCCCACAGUCACUGCCAUAACGACUAGCCAGGACCUGCAGUGGUUGGUGCAGCCCACUCUGAUCUCUUCCAUGGCCCAGUCGCAGCCUCAGGGCCAACAGAUGUCUCACCAGCAGCCACCACCUGCAGUGGACCCCUAUGACCUGCCCGGGACCAGCUAUUCCACCCCGGGGAUGGGCGCCUACAGCGCCGGCCCCUCAACAACCGGAGCAGCCGCCCCAUCGCCCAGCUCCGCUCGGGCUCGGCCCCGGAGGACACGGGAGGAAACGCUGACGCCGGAGGAGGAGGAGAAGCGCCGCGUCCGCAGGGAGAGAAACAAGCUGGCAGCGGCCAAGUGCCGGAACCGGCGCCGGGAGCUGACGGACCGACUCCAGGCGGAGACAGACCAGCUGGAGGAAGAGAAGGCAGGGCUGGAGUCCGAGAUCGCGGAGCUGCAGAAGGAGAAAGAGCGCCUGGAAUUUGUCCUCGUAGCUCACAAACCCGGCUGCAAACUCCCUUACGAGGACAUGCCCGAGCUGGGCGGCCAGCCCGGCCCGUCGGCAGAGGUGAGCUCUCUGGGGGUGCCCGUUAAGGACGACCCGUUCGGGCCAGCCGCCUACCCGUCUGUGCCCCUCCACUACCAGCAGAGCCUCGGCGUGCCGGCGCCGGGCGCGGCGGGCCCAGCGGAGGUAGCGUUUUCUAGUUCUUACUUUACACAUGGUGAGCCGCUGAGCGACCCGUACCCUGUUAACCCUUCAUAUACAUCUUCGUUUGUGUUCACCUACCCAGAGGGAACUACCUGCGGAGCCACACACCAGCGGAACAGCAGCAGCGACCAGUCCUCGGACUCCUUGAAUUCUCCCUCGCUACUCGCUUUGUGAAACAUAAACCAAACAAAGCCAAUCAAACCCGCACAUGCCAACGGGGUGUGUGCGUGUGUGGGCGGGGGACACGCUGCAAACUGACAGCCUGCAUCCGUGUGUGCCAUUAGUUAACUGAGGGGACCCCUCCCCACCCCCUCCCUUGCUGACACUUUUGGGGACUUUCAUUUAAUCUGGCCGGAGGAGCAGGAAGCUUUGGCACCGCCGCUAUGAGCCAGGAUGGAUGGUGGAGCUGGGCCCGGCUCGCGGGGGCUGGGGGCUAGUCUGGCGGGGCUGGGGGGCAGCGGAUUAUGCGGCGUCCCCUCCCCCACUACCUACUUGUGAGCAGCUGACCAAGGGACGGGACCUUGUGGGGAGCGGGCUGGGGUUGGUUCCCCCCCUCUCCCAUGGGGCCGCUCUGGCCUGUCGCCCUGCAUUGACUCUCUCCCAUUUUGCCCCCGCUCCCCCACGUCUUGUGGGUCGUGGCUGCCCCCCUGCGGGCGUGUGGCUCUGGCUGGGCUGGGGGCAGCCGUGGAGCACUGAGGCAGAGGCCCGUGUCCCCAGCUGCCUCCACUCUUGCUCCGAGGAGCUCCGUGGCUACAGCAGGGGCGGCCUGGCUCCCUCCCUGCGGGGUUGAACCAGAGCCCCAUAGCCUGGGCUGGGUGGGAGCUUGGCCCGGAGGCCCCGGGGGGCUGCCCUCUGGCUGUCCGAGCCGCCCCGCCCCUUGGCCUUGUCUUUCCCGGUGCGGGAGCUGGGGAGUGCGGCUGCAAUGCCAGGAGAGGGCCUCGUGCCCUCCGUCCGCCCCCCCUGAGAUACUGUGAACGGCCUCCGCCCCCUGUACGGCCCCUGCUUUCACUGCUGUUGUGAGCACGUGGUGUGCGUGUCCCCCUGCCCCCCACAGGCUGCAGCCCCUCCAGCCCUAAGAUGAGCCCUCCUGUCUGGUGGCUUUUACCCCCAUCAUGACCCCCUCAUGGGAACCCCAUGUUCCAUUGACCCCCAAGCCUCCACCAGCAAGGGCCGGAUGAUGCCAUGGGAAAGAGGCCAGGUGCCACUGCGCCCCACUGCAGGCCUUGUGGGGCUGCGAGACCAUCCCUGCCGGCAGCUUUAAGCCCUGGGUGGCAACUCCAGGAGGUGGGGUCCCUCCCGCUCCUCGGAGGCCUGUGCCCAGCCUGCCCCAAUGUCUUCUGCUGGGGGAAGACUGGCAUUGCCCUGGGGGAUCCCCCUGGGCACCUGAGCAGGGGCUGCCCCCCGUCCCCUGUAGCUAGCACCCGUGCGUACGUAGACCUGCCGCCGCUUUGGGCCGUGCCGUCCGCCCCGUCGUCGCCAGCGCGUCGAGCGGGAGAGCCGUGUUGCUUCUAUCGCCGGGGCCUGCGCCGUGCCAGCCGCCGCGUGCCAUGUUCCGUACCCUCGUGACCAAGCUGUGCCCGUGGUUAACUUUGUGCUGAGCGCUGGAGUGGGGUUCGCUGCGGCCUUUUGCGUCUGGGACAGCGCUGGGGGAUGGGGAGAGUUUAGGGGUGUUCUUUUUUUUAUUAUUAUUAUUAUUUUCCUGUGCUGUAUUUUGUGACUUGUGUUUAUUGGGCGGCUGGGGGGGGCUGUGGUAAUGCCCAGUGCCCCUCCCAGCCCGCGCUGACUCAUCUGCAAAGUGGCCAAUAA